GAAUUAUGCCUUGAAGGAGGAUUUGGAUUCUGACAGAGGCUCUGAGAGGGCACAUCAGAUGUGGGGGAACAACAGGCACAAGUGUCCCUUGGCGGAAGAGUUAAGGACCCACUUGCAGAAGGAGGGGCUGCCUUUGGCGUGUAAGGUCCACAGGCAAAUACAUCCAGAGUGAUGCUGGAGAGUAUGCAGGGGACAUACCAAAAGGGCCUGGACUGCCAGGUUGAGGGGCCUGAUGCGGUCCCCGGGUGCUGGGGAGCCAUGGGAGGGCUGUGAGCAGGAGAGGAGCAAGAUCAACUCUGGGUGAAGAAAGAUCCGUCUGGGGCCAUGUCGGGGUUCGACUGGAGUGGGGAGACUGGAGUCCCCUCUGCCUCCUCGCAGCCGGAGCUGACCAACAACAGCCCCGCCUCACUGUCACCUCAGCAUCCAGAGCCCCAGGGCCAAGUCAGGGGCAGACCCCACGCCAUGAAGGUGGGAGAUGGAGACGUGAGUCCUGGAGACCCCCCAGACUGUCAGGGGUUGGAUCCAUCUCAACUGAGGACACACUCUGAGGAGCCCGAGGUCCCGGAAGAAGAGGCGCCCGGGGGAGACGAGGCGGCGGUCCCGGCCCUGCUGCGGCUCAUCGACGAGCGCGGGGCGUACUCGACCGCGCGCCUCGUGCCCGACGGGGCGCCAGGCUCCCUCCGCGGCGGCGCCGAGAGCCCGGAGAGGGGGGCGCGGCCCAGGCCGUUCGGCUGCGCGGCCUGCGGGAAGGCCUUCAAGCGCGCGUGGGAGCUGCUGAGCCACGAGGUGGUGCACACGGCGGCCCGGCCCUUCCGCUGCGGCCUGUGCGCGGCCGCCUUCAAGCGCCACUCGGACUGCAAGAGCCACCGACUGGUGCACAGCGACGAGCGGCCGCACCGCUGCGACGCCUGCGGCAAGCGCUUCAAGCGCGCCAGCAACCUGCAGGAGCACCGGCGCAUCCACACGGGCCAGCGCCCCUUUCCCUGCCCGUCUUGCCCGAAGCGCUUCAAGACCCCCUACGAGCUGCACCGCCAUGAGCCGCGGCACGCCCCUUCGCGGCCCUUCGCCUGUCCCGACUGCGGCAAGGCCUUUGCAGCGGGGCCUGCCCUGCUUCUGCACCGGCGGCGACGCUGCGAGGACAAGCCCCACGCGUGCCGGGUGUGCGGCAAGCGCUUCACGUACGGGCACAGCCUGCGGGUGCACGAGCGCGUGCACACGGGCGACCGGCCCUUCGUCUGCCCGCUGUGUGCCAAGGCCUUCAAGCAGUCCAACGCGCUGGCCUCUCACCGCCGCGUGCAUUCGGGCGAGCGGCCCUACCGGUGCGCCACCUGUGGCAAGGCUUUCAAGCAAUCGUCCUACUUGGCCGUUCACCAGCGCACGCACACGGGCGAGCGGCCCUACGCGUGCAACGCCUGUGGCAAGGCCUUCUCCAGGCCGUCGCUGCUCCUGCAGCACCGCCGUGUGCACAGCCCUGUGCGCCCUUAUGCCUGCCGUUUCUGCCCCAAGCUCUUCAAGGACCUGGCCUACCAUGCCAUCCAUGAGAAGGUGCACACGGGAGACACGCCCUAUAAAUGCAGCGUCUGCAGCAAGGGCUUUGCGCACCCUAGCAGCCUGCUACAGCAUCAGAGUGGGCAUCGGGAUGGCUGAGGGCUGCGUGCCAGGCCGUGGGGGCGGCCAGGGAGGGCUCAGUGUCCCCGCAGCUGCAAUGUGGGAUAACCAUGUCCAACUGAGGCCCCAUUUAGGGUAUGCGGGACUCUGCACGGAUAGAAACAUUCUCUAUUUGCGCUGUCCGAUAUCUUAGCCACCAGGCACGUGUGGCCCUUUCAUCAUUUGAAAUAUGGCUAAUAUCACUGCAGAAGUGAUUUUUGGGGGGUAACUUUUUACUUUGAAAUAGUUUAAGACCCACAGGAAGUUGCAAAAAUAGAACGGAGCCUUCCCAUGUACAUUUCCCUCAGCUUCUCCCCCAAUGAUAAUAUCUUAGAGAACGUAAGACAUUGUCAAAAACCCUGGAAAUUGAUGUCAGUACGAUUCUGUUAACUCAGGUACAGACCUUAUUCAGAUUUCACCAAAACGUAAAUGAAUUUUGAAAUGUACGUAAUUUUGAUUAACUUAAAGUGUAAAUGGUUAGCUGCCACCACGUUGGAUAGGGCAGCUCUAAGGCGUGAAGACACCGAUGGUGAGGGGUCCCCAGUGGCGGUUUGUGACAUUUGAAGAACUGCCACACAUGCCCAUGUGAGCCACAAAAUACUCUUGAGAAGGACUUUGCAGAGGGUCUUUACCAAAACCAUCAAUAAUAAGGUCGUCCUUCGGCAAGGACUUUGCAUUGGCAGUUUGUGGCAUAAAGAACAUCUGGGUAGCCACAAAUGCAGGUGGGAGCUGUAGGAACUUUCUCCAAUGUUAGCACUCCUGGGACUCCACCACGUGCACGUAGACCUCUGGUGCCGAGGCCUUCCUGGUGGCGUUCAUCGCGUUUUAAGAAAUUCACAGAUGAGUGGGUAACUCUUCAAAGAGGACACUCUGGGUUAUGUCCAUGCAGGCACAGGACCGUGAAACUGUUGGUGCCGAGAUCUUCUCCUUUGUGGUGUAUGGCAUUUUAGGAAGAGUCGUUUUGCUAAGGACGAUGGCUUGACCUGCAUGGGUUCCAUCUCUGAUUAGCUGCUUCUUGGGCCUCAUCUUUCAGAUCAAUGUAUAAUGGUUUGAGGCCUUUCCAGACCCUCCACAAUGUUCCCUUCCACCCCAACAGCAGCUCCAUGAACCUGACUUUGGGUGGAGACAUUCUCCUGGACCUUGCCUUAUGGAUGGUUGGAAGUGUGAUGAGAUGGCUUAUGGAAUGGUGACCAAGGUGGUAUCCAGAAUAUCGGAGUUGUCCCAUUCCGCCCCCGAGAUCAGCAAUGUGGAAAUAGUUUUUAAAGCCAGUAAUAUUCCAGGUACCAUGUUGCUGGUGCUGAAGCAUCCCCUGGGUGGCCUCUUGGAUCUUUCAGAAUCUCAGUAUUGCCUCCCAUCUGCCCACACCCCAUUCUCAGCUCUCCAUUGGUCUGCUCUCAAGGGGGUCACCCUUACGCAUAGUUUGGCGUAAGGAAGUAUGUUGACAUCACUGGUUCUGUGAUCCCUCUUGGUGAUUUGGGACAUUUCCAGCACACCUUCAGCUCUCCCUCUCGCACCUCUUGGUCUGGCCUCAGCUAACAUUUAUCAAAUACUUGACAGCCUAUGAGAUGCUUUCACUUAAGCUUGUUGUCAUUGUCUCUCUUCCCCCCGCCCCACUUCCUGUAAGGUAAGAAUUAUCCUUGUAGCCAGUUUGGGACAACGUCUUAACUCAUUGGAGUGUAAACACAAACCAGUUUUGUAUCUUAUAUAACCGUUAUCAACUCUGCUUUACCUGCUGAGUCCAAGUCUAAUGUUUACAAAAAUCUCAAUCCAACUCUAUAACUUUUCAGUCUCUUUUGGUUAUCCUGGUUAUCUUGUUCUCUUAAGGGCUGAAUCCUAUUUGUUAUUUUAUUAAUCAUCAAAUUUAAAUGUAUCGAAACAUUCAUUGCUAUCAAUCUACAUCCAAAAUUGCUAUUAAAAAUACAAUAAAAUCACAUUCCAUUAGGAAUACCAGGUCUUAAAACACUUUUUGGAGCUUAGCAGGUUAUACAAAUAAAUGGCAAGUUUCUUUAAAUGUCAAAAUGCCCUUAAAAAUUUGCCUCCCUCCCCAGCUCUACCUAGCCAUGAUGAAUGUAAAAUUUAAAUUUAAUCCAUUAUCAUCAAAGAAAAAGAUGCAGAGUCUAUGAAGAGCUUUAAAAGCGGCAUUUACAGUGUGACCCUGCAGUCCUCUUCUCAUUCCAGAGCGCAAGCAUUGCCAUCGUUCAACACUGUUUUGAUUGUUACAAGAAUUGCACGUCACGCAGGAUUGAAAAGUCCACCUGGGCCAUUCUCAGUGCCCUGAGCCCUUUGGCUCUCCACAGUCCAGGGGACUCCAGAGUGCGCAGGAGACCUUUGGCUUGUGUCAAACAGCUGACAGUACGUUAACAGAAGUUUCAUAUACAUCGAAAGUCCCAAACUCCAUCGUAGAGUUCAGGAGUCAUAAAUUACGUGAAUGCUAGUGCAAGGUCCAGGUGCCCCCUCCCACCCCUCUCCAGCUGCUGAAAGUGCCUAUGAAUUAGGAGUGCCCACCCCUCUCUGGAUACAAUCAGUGCUUUUACAACUUGGACUUUGCCUCAGUCUGUAAAAAUUUAAAAAAUAUCGAGUUCCGACUAAUUGAGGAAAAAAAGUGGGAAUUGCUCAGCUCAUUUUAAAACUCAGCCUCUGGACCUGUGGCUCCAGUGACCUGAGGGGCAGAGUGGGUCUUGUGAGCUCUCACAUACUUCAUGCCAUCUCCUGGACAGAGUUGACUCUGGCCUGAAGUAAGGACCGGACUGAGAAAAGGCAUACGUCACCUACACUGACUGCCUAAGACAUAGUUAAUAACGUCCUCUCUUUGGCUGGCUGAACCUACUGUUCGAGCCCAUCUGUGAACUGGAUGAGGACCGUUAUUGGCCACGACAGCCACACCAUCUCCAACAGGCGUUGAUGGUCCCCUUGGAACUGGUUAAGACAUAGACGCUCAAGGCAGGCCACCUAGGUUCCAAUCUCAGUUCUGCCACUUAUAGCUUGUGACGUUGGCCGAGUUGCUUAGCCAUUCUGUGCCUCAUUUUCCUCUUCUAUCAAAUGGGGUAAUGAUGGUGCCUCCCUCAGCAGGUCGUGCGGAGGAAUAAAUGAGUUCAUAUGUGAGAGCACUUAAAGCAGGGCCCGGAAGUACGUCCCAGUUACUUGUUAUUCAACAUCAGCACAACUUCUUUCUGCUCAUCUCCAGCGGGUGCUAUCGCACCACAUGCCUUUUAUGCACUGACUCUUUGCUCCAUUAGCUGCACCAAUCUUUAGAAUGACCAGCCCAGAAGUCUUAUGUACCUUCUGUGGCCAUGUUAUGGGUUGAAUUGAGUCCCCCCAAAAAACAUACGUUGAAGUCCUAACCGCUA